AUGUCUUACGAUCGAGUUCUCCCCAAGCCGGCUGCUCUUCAUUAUGACACUACACAAGUUACAUUUCCCAGACUUACCAGCAACCUUCUCGAGCACAAAAUCAUGAAAGACGACGUCUCCAAGAUCGCCAUGGUGGACCAUCAAGUCGAUGGCAUCCCAUCUGGGAACUCAUGUCGAUAUACAACGCAUGGGUUACCACAAAUCCAUCUGUCGUCAAUAAACCGAGCCAAGAUAGCUUUCAAUAAGAUGGCCGCCACUGCUCCCAUUGAACCUCCCAAGUCCAAGACAACCAUCCCUCUUCGAGAACGAUCGUCCGCAUCAGAACGCUCGUCGUCUUCAAGUCCUGUCAAGUCCACCGCUUCAAGGGAGCCCGUGACCCAAUUCUGUCUCUGUCAACCAGAUCCCAAGAUCCCAAGACCUCGCAAUGCUUUUAUUCUAUAUCGCCAACAUUACCAAGCGGCUGUGGUGGCGCAAAAUCCCGGUCUUGCGAAUCCAGAUAUAUCCAAGAUCAUUGGAGAGCAGUGGAGAAAACUUCCCCAGGAAACGAAGGAUGAGUGGAAAGCUCUUGCAGAGGAAGAGAAAGCCCGACACCAACAGCAGUAUCCUGAGUAUCGGUAUCAGCCUCGUCGCUACGGCCGGGAUGGCAAUGUUCGAAAUGCGAGCUCUGGCAUCAGUCACAAUCCCCCAGGCUCCACUGUCUGUAAUCGUUGUGGUGGUCGUGUGAUGAACCCACCAGUGUCACCGGAAACGUCUUUCACCCGGAAUGGGUCCUCUGGCUCGAAUAGCAUUACCCCCCAAUCUGAGACAAUCGCUGUUCGAGGAUACCAGUGUCGAGAAAAGGAACCCGGUUGUGUCCCGAAUCCUAUUAAAAUAGGGGUUAACGGAGAGUCACGUCAGCGUCAUUGGGAUGAAAAUGGGAGUAGAUCACCAGACUCAAAGCGUCGCCGUUUUAAUACUCAGGCAGUCUUCAAGCCAAAUCUUCGCGAGAAAAGCCCUGAUACGCCAUACCCAAUGUCUCCAUAUAGCACUCGCUCGGAUAUAUCUAAUCCUCGGGACAUGCUCCACAUGUUACAGCCUCCACGGUCACAAAGACAUGUCAAAGAAUACCCCACACCUGAUCCAAGUCUCAAGCUUCCACCACUGCAAACUUCUGCGCCUGUGGCCAGGGACAUGACAGCGAUGACACCUUUCUCGAAGGAAGCAUCUGCUAGUAUCGAGGCCACGGUGAUGACAAUCCCCUUCCUGAACAAGAUCAAAGUCCUCGCCAAAAUAUCACCUCCUCUAGUGCCAUCUUUUCGCGAUGGGCCUUCGCAGCGACGAGGCCCUGUUAUCGCUGUGGAUGGGCAGGAUCCUGCAGCAGUCAAGACAACGAUUGAUUAUCUCAGCCAUGUUUUACAGAAGGAAGGAAAGUACCACACGCGUGUAUUUGAAGGGCCAGAGAUUCGCCCGCGUGAGGAUUACUCCGAGUCUGGACAAAUGGGUGAUGCAACGGUGGAUUAUCUCAACACAAUUUCAGUGUGGCACCGUAUUUCAGAUGAGAUUGUGAGCUUUGUAAAGGCUUCAUCUGAAUCAUCGGAGACGAGAUUAGGGGAGGGAAACUGUGGCUCGCCGGGGGUGUCCCCCAAAACCAUCAUUCCCAAGACUGCUGAAAUGCAAAUCAGCUCACCAGCUCCGCCCAGCGAGAGCGGAUCAGUGUCAGUUUCAUCGUCAUCUGGAACGACUUCUUAUUCUGUUCCAGUAGCACUCAUUCCUCGGUACCAGCUUACCACGGCGGAUUCUUUUGCUUGCUCAGUACCAAUCAACGAUUCGUACGCACCACUCGAUCACUGGCAAUGGAUGGCAUCUCUCUGGCGUGCAUGUGUUGGCCCAGACAUCACCGUAUACAUCCGUGAGUACGAGAAAGAUGAGCUGGAGCGUCUUGGGGGCAACCCAGUAGAAGUACGCUUGCAAGAUGCGAGGACAAUUGUGGUUCGGAGGGGUACAGGGUCCCACAAGGAACUGGAAGAGAAGGCCAUGAAGCGCGUGGGAUUUGAAGUUGAGGAUUUUCUCACUCAGUAA